CUGCCCGUAACUAGGCACCUAUCUUUGGUACGCUUAUAAUUCAUACAAUGGAGUCCUUUAAGCCUUCGCAUAUCCUGGUGUUUGGUGCCACAGGCAACAUUGGGAAACAUAUCGUCAAUCAGCUCAUUAGCGCUUGGCCUCCCUUCCCCCAAAUUUCGAUUUUCACCUCCGCAAACACGGUGUCUACCAAGCCUGACCUGUUGAAUAAAUGGAAAGCCGCAGGAGUAUCUGUUAUUGUCGCUGACGUAAAAGACUCAACAGACGUGAAAAAUGCCUAUCAAGGCGUUGACACCGCAAUCAGUUGCCUUGGUAGAGGGGCUCUACAGCAUCAAUUCGAGCUCAUCAAGCAAGCGGACGAGUCUGAAUCCGUGCGGUGGUUUUUCCCUUCAGAAUACGGCACCGACCCAGAACACAACCCCAGCAGCGCACAUGAGAAGCCCCAUACGUUUAAACGGGCAGUGCGCAAGGUAUUUGCUGAGGAGGUGAAAAAUUUGAAGCCUACGUAUCUAGUUGUAGGGCCAUACAUUGAGAUGUGGGUUCCUAAAGACUUAGUCAGUGGCUUUGAUCUACAGAAGAGAGAAGCAACCAUUAUUGGAGAUGGAGAGCAGCUUAUUGGCUUCACCGCUAUGGAUGACGUUGGUAAAGGAGUGGUGGCUGCGUUACAACGCCCAGAAAUAUCUGUUGGAAAGGCGUUGAAGAUUGCUUCUUUCACGAAAUCGUCAAAUCAGGUUCUUGCUGAAUUUGAAAAGCAGCUUGGCGAGAAAUUCAAUGUCACUUAUGUCUCGCUAGAUGAUGUAAAAAGCGUUGAAGAUAAGUUCUGGGACGAAGGCAAUCCGUUGGCUGUCGUUGCGGCGCUGCGACGCAUCUGGGUUACAGGCGGAGCGGUAUAUGAUAGGCUCGACAACGAAGCUCUUGGGCUCCGUGAAGGCCAGCUGCAGUCUCUGGAGGAAGCAGUGCGCGACAGACUCGAUGAAAAGCCAUUUUAAAGAAUAGAUAGUGUGAAGUACCUAGUCAGUGCCAGUAGCUAUGCAUGCACUGAAAAUACUUGCCUCUCAAGCAGGUCGCAGAAACGAAUGACUUUAUGAUCGUUGAUGCCCCACUGGAUGUGCGUAAUGCGUAACGUG